AUGAGUUCCGAAAUGGAAGCAACGCCUCCAGCAACACCAGCGCAUCUCUCAGCAUCACCCACUCUAGCCUCAUCCGAUCGGCAAGAGGUUCGGGACAUUGCCGCCACUGCAAGCGAUAGUGUUGCCGAGAUGGCAGCAAAGUUUGCCCAGCAGCAAGAGCUCGCUUCUUCCGCCAAACACAAGGAGCAAAUUCAGGCCCUUGACCAGUCACAAACCACGGACGCAGACCAUGAUGUUCCCCUAGUUGAAGCAAGCGAAGCUGAACAGUCCCCCGUAAGUCCGGUAUCUCCAACAUCAAUACCACCGGCCAUGUCAAUCCCCGAGAUCAAGGCGGCGCUCGCUUCCGAACGCGACCAGGCCAAGGCAGCGGCAGCGGCAGGCGUCAUUGCAUCGGCAAAAUCCGAUGCUCAACCUGUCAUUCUUGGUAUUGCAGUGGUCGACUUUAACCAUCUGGUCGGUCCCCAAAUCGAGUACACAUAUCCAAAGGAGCUGCAGCAGGAUGAGGACCUCGUCAAGUCGCUCCCCUUUCUCGCACUGCCAGAUGGCAGCCAUCUUUCUGAUGAAGACUUUUGCUACUUUCACCUACACUGUUCCAAGCUAUCUCCAUCCACCAUCUUUGGCAUCUCUUGCAACCGCCAGAUCGCUGCAGAUGCCCUUCUCAAGAAAGGUGCCGAGGUCACAAGAAGCACUGUGCAGAAAGCCAUUGUCGUCUUGGCAAAACAGCCCGUCUUUGGUCCUAUCCGAGAGAAGCUGGGCAUCGUCACACGUGCCUUCUUCGCCCAAGGGGAUCUCGCCAAUGUCGACAUCCUCGUCGACUUUCACUCGACACUCGAGAUCGGCCUACAGAGCGGCGGCAUGUCUGAGGAUCGCGAGACGGUCAUGUACAUGGGCACUUCGUUACGCGAACUCGUCCACAAAUGGCGCUUCAAGACGCUUAUGCUCGUCAAGCUUCUCCUCCUCCAGCGUCGCGUCAUGUUCUUCGGCUAUCCUGUCGAGCAGCUCUGCAAUUACCAGUAUUCGCUCGUCUCGCUCCUACCCGGCCUACUUCUCAACUUGCAGGAUGCGGGGGAUCCCUCGCUACAUACUCGCGCCGGUCGAGUCGAGGCGGCUGAUAGUCUGCGCUCCUCAGAUCGCAAAAGUUUGCUCAAAUUUCUCGGAAUGCCGCUCGACAUUUUCGGUCCAGACGCUUUCUUCCAGCCUUACUGCCCUCUGCAACAGAUUGAUUUGCUCAAGUCGCGAUCCUGGCUCGUCGGCACCAGCAACAGCAUCUUUAAGCAACAGCGUGACUGCAAGAUCGAUGUUGUUGUCGACCUCGAGCAUGCACAUCUAGAAUUUCAGGAUGCUAAGCUGCAUCAGAUGGUCAACCUCACGCCUGAGGAUCGCAAAUGGAUGGACGAAGUCAUCUCUUCCGUUGUUGAGACUUGGAACCCAGCCGAUCCGACUCGACCCACUUCGAUGGGCUUUCACGGAAGCGACGACUAUCUGCGCGUUCGAUUCGAGGACUACAUCUGCGCUAUGCUUUCAUCGACAAAGUACGCCGACUUCUUGGCCAAGAGCGAUCCGGAACAGGUGGCGAUCCAGGCGCCGGAUGCCUCAACCACAAACAGCUUUGGUGCCGAGUUUCUGACAGCACUCCGAUCCACAGAAGCCUUCAAGCUGUGGAAUUCGGUCACCGAUCCGAUGCUUUUCGACAUUGUGGAUCAUAAGCACCCGUGCGAGGGUAAGACAUCAGCGAUCGAGGAUGUCGGGUUACGGCUCUCUGCAGGCCUCCACGAUCUUCGUCUUGAAGAAAACCUGGCACCUACAAGAGAGGCCAUCGGCAGCGCACUGCAAGCUGGCAGUGCCAACUUCUACCGGCUUGCCAGCAAUCUUGGGAAGGACAUUGCCAAGUUCCGAGAGAACCACAUUGCUGCAAACCAAUCGGUUGGUGGCCAGGGUGCUGCAACGCCCGGCAGCAGUGCAGGCGGUGUCGGCGCGCUUGCCUCCAGAUUUAGCUUCUUCAGUUCCAGUGCGCCAACGGCGUCAAACGCGCAGACAGGUACAUCCACAACCGCAGCGCCACGCGCAUCGGGGUCCAUCACAGGCGAGGCGAUCGAUGCAGAUGGACAGCACACUGGUCGAUCGGGUCGAGUGGCCUCCAGUGAGGUACCUGGUAACGCGGCUGCGUUCAAUGCCAAUGAGGCUCUCAAUGCAGCAGGCCAAGCGGCUGCUCAAGCUGGAACUCAGGUGCGUGCGGCGCUUGGCAACUUUGGCUCCUUCUUAUCGGCACGUCAGAAGUCCUGGGCGGCCAGCCGCAGCACCAGCCCAAAUAGCAGCAGCACCAACCACAACGCACAGUAG